CAUUAGAACCGCAAUACCACAAAGAAAAGUCCAAACGAGAAAAGUUGUCACGAGCGAAGUUAAGCCAAGGUGUUGUUCCGUUAGGUGCGUUGUGGCACUAGAAAAUCUGUUUUUACACCGUUCGUUUUGGCUUCCAGUGAGUUAUGACCACAAAGGGGUUGAAAAGUUGCUUCACCUGUUUCCGAAGAACGGACAAUUAUCUCAGCAUUUCCAAGGACGACGGUACCAGCGGAGAAAAUGUAGAGGAAAUUUUCGCAAAACACUUUUGGUUCACCCGCACCGAGUUCCACGAUCGUAUAGUUUGCACCAGUUGCUGGGAGAAGAUUGAUGAUUUUCACAAGUUCUACUGCGAAGUUGAACGAAUUCACGCACCCGCUAUGAUGCUGGAGGUGAAGGUGGAACCGUCCGACGAUCCCGCGGAAGGUACCGUAUUCUUGCCGGAAGUUGAAGACUGUAUAGGUGGAAACAGUACGACCACAACCGACGACAUCGUUAUAUCCGGCGGAUGUAAGGAAGCGGAUGAAACAAGUCACAUGUUUGUCGAAGCCGUUUACCAACCGGACAGUUCAAAAUCGUCCCUGGAGAUGAGUGUUAAGGAUGAGCCAAGUAUCAACAUUGCCCGAAAAAGAACCAGUGAACGUGGCAGUCGAGUAGGCGGCGAAGACGACAGUGACAACGACGACCACAAAAACGACAACAACAACAACACCAGCGAUGAUGAUGGUGAGGAGGAGGAAGAGGAAGAUGAUGAUGAAAGCCGUGAUGCGGAUUACAAGCCACCGACCGAAAGAAAUGUCGAUGCCGACCAGACAGAAUCGGAACUCGAGCGUGAAAUGCCAGUGCGAGGAGCAACGGGUGGUGCGAAACGAACCCGCCCGAAAAAGGUGGAAAGCAACGACAAUUUUACCUGUCACAAGUGCGAGAUUGCCGGUACGAGUAAAGGUGAAACGUUCAACUCUUUCUAUAGGUUGAAACAGCACUUCCAAAAACUGCACGAUACACCCUGUUACCUGUACUGUUGCGAUAAGCAGUGGACAACGUCGCGAAGCUACAAGAUGCACAUAUCCUAUCACACUGGGAAUCCGAGAACGAAAAGUAAUAAACGACGGUGCAUCGAGUGCUGUCGGUGGUUCAAAGAUGAGAAUUCCUUUGCGGAUCAUAUGGCCCUGGUGCACACACCCGAGGAAGACAAGCAGUUCAAGUGUGAACGUUGCCCGAAAGCAUUUACCGGAGAAGAUCAGCUCAACAGUCACGUCAAAUGGCACGACGAAGUGGAGCAGCGGAAUCAUCAUUGUGCAAUCUGCAAUCGCUACUUUCUGAACAUAGGAAAUCUACAUAAUCAUAACCAAAGUCAUCACGGUAGCAAGCCUGCGGCGACCGGAGAAAGCAGUACCAAAAUGGACGAUGAAAGUGAGAACGAAACGUCGGAUAAACCAACGACCAACAAAGCUACCAAAGCAAGCAAGAAAGCAGCGGAUUCCCUGCCCAGAAGGGAACGAAGUACCCCCGAGCAAAUUGCCGAACAGGAAGCGUUGAUCCGUCAGAUCGUUUCGUUGAAUUGUACCCGCUGUGAGUUCGUAAGUGAUUCUUAUACUAAAUUGGCCUACCACAACCGAAAGUUUCACAAGGAAACCGGCGGAGCGAUUCACUGUUGCGAGCGUCGGUUCGAUUGUCGGUUGCGUCUGUACGAGCACUGCCUGCGUCAUCUCAAUCCCGAUCACUUCAAGUGCGAACUGUGCGGUAAGGUUUUCAAGGACAGCCAAGGCCUGCAGCAUCACAACUGGUGGAUCCACACGCCAGCCUCGGAGCGGCCCUUCAAGUGUGACAUUUGCGGAGAUGCGUUUGUGAAGGAUUACCAGCUGAAGCAACACGUCGAGCGGCACAUCGAAAAGGAACGCAAGACGCACACGUGCGAUCAGUGCGGUCGAAUUUACACCACGGGGUUGCAGCUGAAAAAGCACAUGCAACGACAGCACGGGGCAUUGAGCGAUUGGGUGUGUGAUGUGUGCGCCAAAGGAUUCAGUCAUCGGGUGCUGCUGGAACGGCACCGUUUGACCCACAGCGAAGAAGGAAUAGCCAAACUACGGAAGCAGUGUGAAAAAUGUGGCCGAUGGUUGUCCAACAUUCGCAAUUUCCAGCGUCACAAACGUUUCUGUUACGACACCAGUGGACCAAUCAAGUGUGAGAUUUGUGGUCUGGUGUCGGUGAAUGCAGCGGCACUCAGAACUCAUAACCGGCUGCAUCAUUCCAACAAACCGAAGUAUGCGUGCAGCUACUGCGGAAAGGAGUUCAAGAAGCAGAUUAGGUGCAAGGAACACGAAGCCAAUCACACCGGAGUUGUGCUGUACAGAUGUCCGUACUGUCCUCGGAUGUGCAAUUCCAGUUCGAAUAUGUACACUCACAAGAAGACGGCUCAUCCGGAACAGUGGGCCGAAACGGUUGCCGCCAGGAUUUUCAAACCGUCGUAGGCAUAUCGGUUAGGUUAGGUGGAUUGGUAAGGUAAGUACAGUUUGGCUCCAUAAGAACAUACUAUUUUAGUCUCUAGGUGAUCAUUGUUUGAAUGUUUUUACGUAUGUGGGAAAAUAAAAGCUCCCGUAUGUGC